AAAUAAAAAUACAUACAAAUUCGCAAUCUGUUCCUCCUCUGGCAACACCAAGUAUAGAGCGGCUCCCUGCAAUGUCGGCCUGCCCCUCCUUCCCUUCUCUUUCGCACCUCCUUGCCCUCCUCCGCCUUCCCUCACCUUCUCCGGCAUGGGCUACAAGCCUAAUGUCUCCUCCGACUCCGACUCCGGCGACCUAGACCUCUCCCCCGCCCCCGUCGAGGAGUUUGGAUGCAGCCUGUUCGGCAGCAUCAGGAUCAGCAGCCUCUCCAGGGCCGACCUCCGUGAGGCCGCCUAUGAGCUCUUCUUCCUGUCUUGCCGUUCCUCGUCCGGUUCAGGCAGCCGAGGGUCACUGAACUACUACCCGGCAUCGCCGUCGGCAGGCAGCGGAGAGGGAUCGUCCCCUAGAUGGCCGUCGUCGCCCGGGAUGACGGUGGCGAAGAGCCGGAUCAAGAAGGCGUUGGGGCUGACCGCGCGGAGGUCGUCGCCGUUGACGACCGGGAUGGCAAGAGGCAUCGACAUGAGCUCGCCAGGGAAGGUGAAGCGGCCGAUGACGUCGGCGGAGAUUAUGCGGCAACAGAUGCGCGUCACGGAGCAGAAUGAGCAACGGCUGAGAAAGACCCUAACGAGAACUCUCGUCGGACAGAGGGGCAGAAAAGCAGAGAGCAUCGUCCUUCCAUUGGAGCUCCUCCGCCAGAUCAAACCGGCCGACUUCAACGAUCUCCAAGAAUACCAUCAAUGGCAACGCCGCCAGCUCAACCUCCUUGAAGCCGGAUUGCUCCUCCACCCAUCUCUCCCGAUCGACUCGGAGAACCACCAUGCGGCCGCUCGCCUAUCCCGCAUCGUCCGCUCCUGCGAGGCCGCGCCCCUUGACACCGGAAAAAACUCCGAAGUCAUGCGCAGCCUCUGCAGUGCCGUUACCUCCCUGGCGUGGCGGAGUCCCGAAGGCAGUCCGUCUUCCUCUCUCGACCCCUGUUACUGGGCCGACGGCUACCCCCUCAACUCUCACCUCUACAUAGCCCUCCUCCGCUCCGUCUUCGACCUGAAGAUGGCGAGUGCAGUGUUGGACGAGGUGGACGAGCUGGUGGAGCUGAUGAAGAAGACGUGGCCCGUGCUGGGCUUCGACCUGCCGGCCCACAACGCCUGCUUCGCGUGGCUCUUCUUCGAGCGCUACCUCGAGACCGGGCAGACCGAGCCGGAGCUCAUGUGGGCUGCGCUCUCGAUACUGGGGGAUGUCGCUGUCGAUGCCAAGAAGCCCGACCGCCAGGUGAGCUACGUGAAGCUCUUAGCAGCCGCGUUGGGCGCGAUGCGAGGGUGGGCGGAGAGGAGGACGGUGGAGUACCACCAGUGGUUCGGCAAAGAUUUAGGCGCCAACAUGGGCCUUGCGGUCGCACUGUCGCUCGCCACCUCGAAGAUCAUCAUGGAGGACGAUUUGAUCGGCAGCAUGGGCUUGCUCGACCCCGACGGUGCCGUGUGCACGAGUUCGUCGGAUGCCAGAGUUGAUUACUUCAUCAGGUCGUCGAUGCGAAGUGCCUUCACCAAGAUCCUCGAGCGAGGAACAUCCCAGGACGACAACAUCAUAGCGCAACUACGAGACGAACCAGUCAACAUUCUGCUUGAUCUGGCGAGAAGUACGGAAGAGUUGGCUGUGGCCGAGAAGAAGUUCUUCAGCCCCGUGCUGAAAAAGUGGAACCGAGCGCCGACGGCGGCCGCGGCGGCGACACUGCACGCCUGUUUUGGGGUCGUGCUGAAGCAGUACGCGUCCAAGGCCACGCAGCUGACAAACGAGCUAGUCGAGGUGCUGAAAUCUGCCGGGAAGCUGGAGAAGCUACUGGUGCAAAUGGUGGUCGACGACUCCGCGGACUCCGAGGACGGCGGUAUGAAAGUGGUGAGGGAGAUGAUCCCCUACGACGUGGCUUCCACCAUCGCCAGCCUCCUCAAGGCCUGGAUUGAAGAGAGGACGAGACUCGGGAAGGAGUGCCUCAACAGAGCAAAGGAAACAGAGAGCUGGAUGCCAAGGUCCAAGAGUGAGCCUUACGCGCAGUCGGCGGUGGAUUUGGCGAGACUGGCCAAGGAGAGCUUGGAUGAAUUCUUUGACAUCCAAGUGGAAGAUAGAGGUUUCAUGGUUCAAGACCUGGUUAAUGGCUUGGACGCCAUCUUCCAGGAAUACAUUUCCUUCGUCGCCGGCUGUGGGAGCAAGCAGACCUACAUGCCGAGCCUUCCGCCGUUGACGAGGUGCAAUCAGGACUCCAGCUUGACCAAGCUCUUGAAGAGAGCGUCGCCUCGUUGCCGCGCGGGCAUCGGCCACUCCGUCGUCGGCGCCGCCGCCGCCGAUGCGCACAGGCCGCAUCCGUGCGCGAGCCGCGGCACGCAGCGGCUCUACAUCCGCCUCAACACCCUCCAUUACAUCCUCGUCCACCUCGGCGCCCUCGAUAAGUCCCUCUCCUUCUUGUCCCCCUCCGUCCGCCGCGUCGCAGCGCCGCCGUCCCGCUACUUCGACGGUGCGGGCGCCGCGGCGCAGACCGGCGUUCAGCACGUGGUGGAGGUGGCGGCCUGUCGCCUAGUCUUCCUCGACACGCGCCAGGUGUUCUACGAGGGGUUCUACGUGGACGGCGUAACGGAGGCCACGCGGAUCCGGCCGGCGCUCCGCGUUCUGAAGCAGAACUUGGCGCUGCUGGCGUCGGUGCUGAUCGACCGGGCACAGCCUCUGGCGGCCAGGGGGGUGAUGCGGGCGGCGCUGGAUGGGUUCUUGAUGGUGCUACUGGCUGGCGGGCGCAAACGGGCGUUCGUGCAGGAGGACCACGAGGCGGUGGCGGAGGACCUGAGGAGCUUGAAGCUGAUGUUCGGAGAGGGUGAAGGACUGCUCGGUGAGGAAACUGUGGAGCGUGAGGCGGAGGUGGCGGAGGGGGUAGUGGCGCUUAUGGAGCUGCCGACGGAGAGGCUGAUCGAGGAAUUCAGGUCGGCGGCGUGUGAGUCGGGUGGGAUUGGAGUUUUCGGGGAACGGGGCGGGAGCCCAAAGUUGCCGAUGCCGCCGACGACGGGGAGAUGGAACCGGUCGGAUCCGAACACGAUACUGAGAGUGCUGUGCCACCGAGACGACGACGUCGCCAGCCAGUUCCUCAAGCGGGCGUAUCAGCUCCCCAAGAGACGGUGAUCAGUCAAAGAAACCCGCAUCGGCGUUGGAGUGGAUUUUUCAGACUGAUUUUUAUGCUAUUAUAUGUUUGAUAUACUUUUAAAUAAUAACUUAGAAAUUAAAAUGCCGGAGGAAUGGGAAAUUUAUUAAAGGGCAAAAGGAACCCAUUAUGUUAUCAUUAAAAUGGUUUUUUUUAAUGGUUAGGCCCUGGAAUUUAAGAUUUGAGUUUCAGUUAA